GCCAGAUCUUGCAAGCAGUUCUGUACUGCCAUAAGAACGGGAUCUGCCACAGGGAUAUCAAGCCUGAUAACUUUAUGUUUUAUUCAAAUGAAGAAGGCAAUAAUUUAAAGCUCAUAGAUUUUGGUCUAGCUACAUCAUAUUAUAAAAUCAAUGAGGAGGGCGAAGGCAAGUACAUCCGCAUGAUGACAACUGUUGGCACAGUGUAUUAUAUGGCACCUGAGAUCAUCAGUGGAGACUAUAGCAAUGCCUGCGACAUGUGGGCUAUAGGUGUUAUUCUGUACCUGAUGUUGGCAGGAGAGCCCCCUUUUGAUGCAGAAACAGAAGUUCAGAUUUUGGAAAAGAUUGCAGAAAAGGGCGAAGUUUUAAAAGAAGAUGGGUUCAAAGGUGAUAUAUGGAAGCAUGUCUCUGAUGAAGCCAAAGACCUCAUAUGAAAUCUCCUGACUGCCGAAGAUAACCGAAUAUCGCCAAAGGAAGCUUUGAGGCAUCCUUGGUUCAAUCAAUUGAAGAAAUCUCCGAGGGAAAAUAAAAGUAUCGAAAAGAAAUAUAUGAAUAAGUUGAAACGAUUUCAGAACCUCAAUUCCUUCAAGAAGUGAAUUUUUACCUUCAUGGCUACUCGUGCAGGAGAUGAAGAAAUCCAGAAACAGAUUAAAAUCUUCCGCAGUCUUGAUAAGAAUCAGGAUGGAUAUAUAACCUGAGCGGAGCUCAGGUUUAAUAUGAAAGACCUCCUCUCUUCAGAAGAGAUCAACCAGAUUUUGGAGGCUGUGGAUACCGACAAGAACGGAGCCAUCAACUACAAUGAAUUCAUUACAGCUACUCUUGGAAAAAGAACUUUGCUGAACAAAAAGAGAAUCAUGAAGGCCUACAAGUUACUUGAUGUUAAUCAUGAUGGAGUCCUAAGUACGGAAGAUCUACAAGGUUUGAUAAAAAAGAAAAGCCUGGAGUUUGUCACACCUCAACUCCUUGAAGAGAUAUUGGAGAUAUGAGACUACGAUAAAGACGGCAAGGUUACUUUUGCUGAAUUUGAGCGCUCCUUGACAAAAGAUACUUUGGAUAUGUAAUAAAUGCACAAGACGCACAUAAAUUUCUUUCUUUCUAAUAUAUUAUUAACAGAUCUUUUGUCUUAGAAAAACCAAAACUGCCCUUUUAAAAAUGUUAUGUCUCAGUCUAUUAUCAAAAUUCACCGAACUCUAUCUUCACUACGAGGUUAUAUCAAGUGUUGGGAAAAGAAAGUUAAACUCUUAAGAACCAAGCUUAAUGAAAUGUCGUUAUAAAAAUUGAUCUUUCUUUAUUUCACCCGACUUUUAAAACACCUUAAAUC